AUGCUUUCGACCAAGAUUUUCAAUACCCGAUAUGGAGUAUCCGAGCUUUGCACUAUCCUGCCACACCCGAAGAUUGUGAUGCUAGACUUGGAGCGCAUUAAGAUUUUACUUGGUUCACACUACUCCUGCAAGAUGAAAGAAGGUCUUUGGAUCGAAGCUCCACUGAAGCCCGGGACUAUGGUUAUUAAUGUCGGACAGGUGUGUUUUUUUUACCCCAUUAUCAGUGACAGUCUCUGUCUCCAUCGCGUACGAAACAAGACUGGUGCCGAACGCUUCUCGUUACCGGUCUUCUUCAGUCAGGAUCCUGGUGCGAACAUCGAUGUGAUCGAAACUUGUCUCGAGGAUGGAGAGACGAAGCCAGAACCUUAUAAUGUUGGGGAGCUUUACGUUAGGCGAAUUUUGCCUGAGGAACUGAAGUAUGAUAUGUUGAGGACGUGA